AUGUCGUCCGCCUCGAGGACAUCUUUCCAACGGCUCGACCGCCGCAUAAACAGCCUACAGAAUAGCGAAAGACGGAGUCGUGCCGAUUCCUUAGCUAGGCAAUUAGCUGUGAACCAUGACGAUGCCUACACUUACGCCCUUCGGGUCGCCUAUCUUCAAUAUCUCCUCCAACCCAAGACCAAACGAAAGCAAUGGGUUCCCGCACCGAAACCACCCCCGCGGACUCAUACGUCCAACAUUGCCGAUUUAGUUAAGGAGUUCGUUCCGGGGAAUUCUAGUGGCGUUAAGCUUCCCCAUGGAUUUCGAAGUCCGCUAGAAAAGAGGCUAGAACGUGUUAUUAUGGGUGCUGAAAGAAUACCUGGCUAUAACGAUGCUGCUGUCAAAAAGACAUUUGCGCAAGCGUAUACGGCUUUUACUGAGCAGGCAUUUCGAAAGAAUAUCGACAAGGAGCGCAAGGUCGAGCCGUUAGUGCUAAUUUUUUAUUCAGCUGCUACCAAGGCGUGUAGUCUUGGCCACGAGCCGGGCGAUGAUUCCUGGAAGCUUCUCGUCGACAGACACCUGGCGCUUUUCAUAAGGCUUAUAUCUAGCAUCUUACGUGAUCAGGGGCACGAGCGCGAUAAGUCAGAACUCAUGGACAGGUUAAACACUCUUGAAAAGAAGCUGUUGACCAACGAUCAGAAUCUUUUCAUUGACACAGGCCAGAAUUCCGGAAAUACGAUUGAAGUGGUAGUGCCACUUAGCUACGAUAUUAAGGAUAUGCCUAUGGUUCAAUCCGUUGCUAAGAUUUUUGGUCUCUCCCACUCCGACGUACAGGGCCAUAUUGAUGCCCAGCGGCAAGCCUGGACCGAAGAAGCUGCCCUUAGAGAUCUUAAGGCAUACCAGCAUCGGCUGAACUCUAACAUGAGUGGUGCCCUGGGAAGCCAAGACUUCAAUACCGCUGAAGCGUACCAAGAGUGGAAGAAGGCGGAGGCGCCCUUCCUCUCGCAAAUGAUGCUAGAAAUUUUCACAGCUCGCCCAGAGCUGGCUCGAAGAUCCACUGCUAUCAGCCCGAUUGAUAAACCAUUACCUGGAAGCCCCUCACCAUAUCCAGAAGAUAGAUCAUAUCCAGAGCAAGGAAUAGCGAAUAGAGUGUCCAUGUAUGGUAUGGACAACAUACUCAACCUUGGAUCUAUGUCGCUUGACGACACUGGCAGUAUCAGAGCUGUUGACGACGCAAAUUACACUUUCAUCCCUCCUGAGCCUCGCGAAUUCUUCAAGGUCAUUGCAAAAUAUGCCCUUGAGUUUGAUGCUAUGCACGAUGGGGAGGCCGAAGAAUCUAGCUUGUUCUCAAAGCAGUCAAUAGAUCUCCUUACAGAGCUGUGUGUUCGCUGGCGAAUCCCUCAGGUUACCCGUCUAGUCGUCUUCCUAGAAGUAGCAGCCCGCAGGUUUACCGAUACUAUGUUCACCGUAAUUGAUCUGGAUAAUGCCUUUGAUUUGGUGAAAAUUCCACCGCCAGAAGUCAAGAAGCCUCCCCAUAUCUAUCUCUAUAAUGAGACCCUAGCGACUAUAGAGCGGAGCAAGUGGACUGUUGCGGAUUACACUGUGUAUAAGCAGACACUACAAGCAGUGAAUGAUGCUCUCCUUCGCGAUCUCUACGAUACUUUGAUGCAUUGCUACGAACCAAAGCCCCCAUCGGUCGGACCGGCGCUACACGUGCUACAAAAUCACAUUUUUGACGACCCUGACUUCUCACGGAAGGAAGAAGACGCACAGGAGUUUGCUCGCUUACUGGAGUCUGGCCUACAAGAACAGGCCGCAGUUGUCUAUCGCGGCUUUCUCGAUGCUGAGGUUCCCCGUAGUCAACAGGACUGGAACUUUAGCCAUGUUGUCGAACUCGGUAAAUCGGCCGUGAAGCUUUGCGAAAGGAUUCAAAAGCGUUACAAGAAGAACCCAGAGAUUCUAGGUGUAAACCCGUUAACCGUACUUGUGGAGACGAUGUUUCCCAAUUUCGAAGACGAUGCUCAUGAUUUGAUAAGGAGGAUCGUGCAGGUCGCGCAAGACCGGGGAGAAGAGUUAGCUCUCGAAGAUGGUUUCGAUUUGUACAAGGAACUUGUAGAUAUUCGGCGCAUUCAUAGAUCCUCUCUCCCAAGUCGAGCUUUUACAUUUGACGUUGAAGAGUUGUUGGUUGACUUCGUCUGGCGUUGGAUCAAUAAUGCGGAAGCCCGAGCGGAACAGUUCGUUGAGGAAGCCAUCAAGCAAGAUCCAUUCCAAGUACGAGGCCAUGGACCCGAUCAUAUUUCAUUAGACUCCGAACGCCACAGCCAUUCAAUAAUCGAUAUGUUUCAGCUAUUCCACCAGACUGCUGAUCAGGUUUUCAAAUUGGAGUGGGAUAACGACGUCCACCAUGCUCGGUUUAUGACUGCGCUGUCGAAGAUUUUUGCCAACAGCAUUGCUCGGUACUGCGAGAUCGUAGACCAGAGGUUUAUAAAGGAGAUGGACACGCCGAGACCAAACGAGAAAGAGGCAGCAGCAGCAUCCCAAACGACGCAAGGAAGGUUCAUGCAAUACGCUAAAGAUGCUUGGAAUACUAAGGAGAGGGUCGAACCGUUUCAAUUUUAUCCAGAGUCCUUAGUGAAACUGAACAAUGUCGAAUGGGCCAUGCAAGAGCUAGAUAAGCUCGAAAAGUCCAUGAAUGUGGAUGCCUGUGCUGACAUCCUCGCAAAGGUUGAUGGGCCUAGGAAACAAGUCAGGAGGCCAGCUAAAUACGUCUUUACUAUUAAGAUUGUCGAAGCAGAGGAAAUCAAAGCGUGUGAUCCGAAUGGGACAAGCGAUCCUUACGUGGUACUUGUAGACGAGUACCAAAAGCGUUUACACAAAACGCGAAUCGUUAUGAGGUCUCUCAAUCCCCGUUGGGAUGAGUCGGUCGAUGUAACAGUCUCCGGCCCUCUUAACAUCGUGGCUACGAUCUGGGAUUACGAUACCUUCGGCGACCACGAUUUUGUAGGCAGAACCUCGCUGAAACUUGAUCCGAUACAUUUCAGCGAUUACCUCCCCAGAGAAUUCUGGCUUGACCUUGACACCCAAGGGAGGAUACUUUUAAGAGUAAGCAUGGAGGGAGAACGAGACGACAUACAGUUCUACUUUGGCAAAGCAUUCCGACACCUGAAGAGGACGGAGCGUGACAUGGUCCGUAAAAUUACAGACAAGCUCACACGGCAUAUCAACGCAUCACUAUCAUACGAAGCAUUACGAAACCUCCUCGGGCGCAACCUUGCCUCUCAAGUCAAUUCAUUCUUUAAACGAUCGUCCACGAUACCCCAAAUCACAAAUACCGAGAUCGAAAACGCGUUGCAGUCUCUUUUUACGUACUUUAAUGAAAACUUUGCUACUAUGAAGGAUACCUUGACGGAGGCAACCAUGGUUGCGGUUAUGACCCGUCUGUGGAAAGAAGUGCUCAUGGCCAUCGAAGCCCUCCUCGUGCCACCGCUUUCAGAUAAGCCGUCUAACCAACGGCCACUUACUCAACGCGAGCUCGAUGUUGUCUACAAGUGGCUUGAACUCCUGUUCGAUUUCUUCAACGCGCGAGACGAAGAUGGCGAAGUUCUUGGUGUUCCCGCCGAAGUCCUUAGAUCGCCUAAGUAUCACGAGCUCGCCUCGCUCAACUUCUUUUAUUUCGAUUCUACUGAUAACCUGAUUCGCACGUCAGAACGUAUGGCCGCGGCUACCGCCCAGCGCCAGCAGCAGCAGCUUCAGGGGCAGAUGAGCUCCAAUCGUCUCUCUGCACCCGCGUCGUUAGGCGUAUCGCUUAGCCCUUCCCAGAGUGGCCCAGCUUUUGCGAGCAUGGGAACCAUCCGCAGGGGUAAAAGUAUCAUGAUGAGCCGCAACCUUGGUACCAUGCGCCGGGCCAAAGAAGAAAAACGGAAGGAAGCUCAGGCUGACCCAUCCGAUGACAUGAUUCUUCGGAUCUUGCGCAUGCGACCCGAGGCGGCUGGAUACCUCAAGGAGAGGCACCGUCAAAAGGAGCGAAUGGCCGCGGCCGCUGCUGCUGCGAUGAUAGUGAAGCAAAGCGUUACCCAAGGCUGGAACUCGACUGGUGGCGGCUUCGGUCGGGGUGGUGUUCCGCGACGUUAG